ACCUCUUUCAUUGGCCAUUUGUCAGGCAUCAUUGUGGGUCUCCUCUACACCACUGGGCCACUGAAGGCCAUCAUGAUGACGUGUGCAGGGCUUGUGAUGUCAUUUGGAUACCACACCCAGCCACCGACAUACUACAGCUCAUCAGGUUCCACUGGUACAGGUGGCCGUUACUCUGGAGGCCAACCUCAAACAAGGGACUAUACAUCAAAUCACAUGGCGUCUUACACAGGUGGACUAACAGAGGAGGAGCAGCUGGAGGCAGCCAUCAGAAACAGUAUGAAUGACAGAGUGCGCACCAAUGAGAGGGGAGCUCCUCCUCCUUAUGGUUUCCAUGUGUCUGAGGAGCCGAUGACAGCUGACGAACUGAGGAGACGACGACUGACCAGGUUUGACAGAUGAAUAUGCACAUGAGUUGAUGAAGAGACAGA